AUGAUCCAGAAGGAGUUCCAGGCGUUGAGGGAGGUUCUAGUCGCCGCCAAAUGGCUUGUAUCCAUGCUGGAAGAGCUUGGCCACGCUGCCUACCUUGACGAAAGACCCGUCGCUCUUGCGUGCGCCAGCUACACCCUCCUCGUCCCCAUGGAACGUAACCUUGAGUCCCUUGUGACGGACUCACUGUAG